AUGAUGACUGACUGGAUAACAACUCUCGGGCUUGACAGGUAUCUCCUUUGCUGCAAUGUCCAGCAUGAGCAGACUUCUGUCAAUGGCGAGAUGAAGGUCGUGCAGCUCACCAGUGAUGUCCUGGAGACACGACUGGCUCACCCCGUCCACCUCCUGACAGAGCAGGACUCCUUCGACGUCACUGUCUCGCCGCGUGCAGGGGCCAUGGGUGAGUGGACAAGGCAGCUGCAAAUGACGCCCCGGCAGCACGAUUUCAGGGAUCGCAUCCAGCUACCGCGGCUGCUGCGCUAUCCACUGCCACCAGAUGCUCUCCCAGAUGAGCCCGAAGAAAAGCGCCGGGCAACCUUGCUGCGUGUUUUCCAGGAUUUUGUUCUGGAUCUCCACAGAGGGAUGCACAUGACGCAAAUUAGCUCGAGUCAGGAAUACUCGGAUAUCCAUUGCCAGAUUCUAGAAAAUCUGGAAACUCUAAAGAUUGAUCAGGGUAGUGGCUGCAUCAUCGAGUUCCCGCUCAGCGCUGUCUCCAAAGUAUACCGCAUCGUCAAGAAUGACGAUCGAUGGUUUUCUGCAGGGUCGCUUACUGGGCCCACUCCGAUGCCGCCUUUACCGCUUUCCAAUGCGGAGCACAUCGUAGUUGUGGAGUUCAUGAAGCGCAAGCUGGCAUUUGUCUUCGGUGACAUGGCUGCUUCACAGCGCUUCUUGAUGUGUAUGGAGCUACUGAUACGGCGGGCGCAGGAGAGCUCUGACGUCCGCCCGCCUGGGCGGAAACCUGACAGUCUGAUCCCAAUGUUUUCCGGGACCCAGGGCCAUAAAAAGCCGGGCGAGCGAUUUGCCCAGCCUCUGCCUCGCCAGAUGCAUGCGGAGGAGGUAAGGGCUUGGAGGGUACGGGCUUCUCUCAACUUCGGAUGCUUCUUUGUGGGUAGUAUGGGACCGUAUAGGAUUUCUGUUUAUAUGCACUCUAUGGAGUAUAUAGGGAGACCUUGUGUUUUGAGACAUGCACACACACAGGGUCGCAUAAAUGUGUAA